AUCAAUCUUCUUAUUUUAGUUGUUUAGACUUCGAAACAUAUUUUUUGAUGAGAGAGAAUCAAUAGCCCAUAAUUGUGGCCCUGUUUUGGUAGAUUCGCCUAACUGCCAUAGAUUUUAGAUAGCGGUUUUCAUAAUACUUUAAUCAAUUUUUGUACUGCAAUACCAAAUAGUCCAAGAUUACUUUUUUAGAUGAAGAAAAAUUAAAUAUAAUUACAAAAGAAAACCCCAAUUUUUUUUCAAAGAAAAAAAAAUAAAGAUAACAUUUUUGUACGAUACUCGGUUUUUUUUUUGUUGUUUUCUAUAGUGGGUUUUUUUAUUUUCAUGCCUCCCUUCAAUUUUGGUUCAAUUUAUCUCGCUUUUUGACAAAUUCAACAUCGUCCUCCAAUAUUCCUCUCUCUACAUUUUGGGGUUCUCGUUUCUUUUUUCUUCAUAAUUUUAAUUUUUGUUUACAGAUCUUGCGUUUGGUUCGCAAGCCAAAAUCAAGGUUAGAUUCAAUGUUUUGAGUUACACAGUGUAUUUUUUUAUUUAUAUAUAUAUUUGCACUUCAACUGUCUGUUGAAUUUACUUUAACAAAGAACUGGGUAUUGUAAAAGAGUGAUAUUUAUUGAUGUUGUUGUGAAAUGUGUUGUGGGUUUUCGAUUUAAAUUUAUUUGUGAAGGUUUUGAUUCGUUGAACUGGUAAUUUGGUAGCUUUGUUAGUAUAAAUUUUAAUUCUUGCUCAUGCAUAGAAGCUGGUUUGUUGUUUUUGAGGGGUUUAUUGAGCAAUUCUUGUUAUAUGUUUUCAAGGGAGCUUAGUUCAAUUGGUGCAUUCUCUAUCUGAUGGAAUUGGGUAGGGAAUCAGGGUUUAAGAUUAAAGUUGCAUAUAUAAUUGGAAUUUGUGCUGUUUAGAGGGUUAUAUCUGUAAACAAUGGAGGCUGAGAUGGGAGGGAAAACUGAUGUUUAUUGUUCGGCGGUGAUGCCGGUGUCUGACCCGAAAGCAGUAGGAAAGAAGACUUUGGAAUGGGAUUUGAAUGAUUGGAAAUGGGAUGGUGAUCUUUUUCUUGCCGCUCCAUUAAAUACUACUCAUACACCUUUAGAUUGUAGAAGUAAACAGCUUUUUCCCCUUGGACCAGAACUUGCAUCGAAUAAUAAUGUAGGUUCCGAAGAGAGUAAUAAAACUAAUGAGAAAGAAAAGAGGGAAAUGGAGAAGAGAAGGAGGGUUGUGGUUGUUCCUCAUGAGGAGCUGAAUGAUGAAGGUAGACCACUGAAUUUGAAGUUGGGUGAGCAGGUUUAUCCUAUAGCAGAAGACGAAGCUGAUAAAUUGGAAGGGAAGAGUGUGAAAAAGAGUAAGUCUGCUGGAACUGGAACUUCCCAACCUGCCUGUCAGGUAGAAGGUUGUACAGCUGAUCUUAGUAAUGCCAAGGAUUACCAUAGACGUCAUAAAGUUUGUGAAGUGCACUCCAAGGUCAGUGAAGCUUUUGUGGGAAAUGUUAUUCAACGGUUCUGUCAGCAGUGUAGCAGGUUCCAUGCUCUGCCAGAAUUUGAUGAAGGGAAGAGAAGCUGUCGUAGACGUCUAGCAGGGCAUAAUAAGAGGAGAAGAAAAACACUUCCUGAAACUUCACCUAAUGUUGGUUCCUUGACUGAUGAAAAGAGUUCAGGCUACCUACUAGUUAGUCUGCUGAGAAUUUUGUCCAAUCUGCACUCAAAUGGUUCUGAUGAGACAAAAGAUCAAGAUCUGAUUUCUCAUCUUUUGAGAAAUCUUGCUAGUCAAGUUAGUGGAAGCAACCUGCCUGAACUACAGCAAGGAUCUCAGAGUUUACAUAAUGCAGGAAUAUCUAUCGGUGUUCCAGAAAAGAACCCUUCUAGCGCACAAGAACUAUGUCAAGCUGUGCCUUCAGCAGAAGCACGUAUAGGAUUAUUGACAAGGGAAAAUCAGCAUCAGAAAGAAAAAACACAAUGUGCUUCACAACCGGGCAUUUUCCAUCCAACUGAUGGUUCCAUAGCUACAAAAGGAAGUGUACCUGGGGCUUACCUUGGCAUUGACUUGAAUAAUGUUUAUGAUGACUCUCAAGAAUGUGUAGAUAUUCCAGGAAAUGGACAUGGUUCUAUUGCUUGUGCAUUCAGGUCAGAACAUUUACAGAAAUCAAGUCUACCUCAAACAAGUGGAAACUCCGAUUCAAAUUCUGGUCAUUCUAGUUCUAGUGGUAGUGAUUCACAGGGCCGAACUGAUCGGAUUGUUUUCAAGCUGUUUGGUAAGGAUCCAAAUGACUUGCCUAAUCAAUUGCGAACACAGAUUCUUGAUUGGUUGUCCCACAAACCUUCGGACAUUGAAGGGUACAUCAGACCUGGCUGCAUUGUUUUGACAGUAUAUCUUCGUUUGAACAAGUCCUUAUGGGAAGAGCUCUGCUAUGACAUGAGCUCCAGUUUGAGUAGGCUCCUGAGUCUGUCUGAUGAUCCAUUUUGGAAGACAGGAUGGAUCUAUACCAGAGUGCAGCAAAGUGCAGCAUUUAUUUGUGAUGGUCGUGUUGUUCUAGAUACUCCUCUACCUUUCAAAAGCCGUGGCAGUAGAAUUUCAAGCAUCAGUCCCAUUGCGGUUCCUACUGCAGAGACAGUGCAAUUAGUUGUUAAGGGUUCUAAUCUCUCUGGGCCAACUUCUAGGUUACUUUGUGCUAUAGAAGGGAAGUAUUUGGUCCAAGAUAGCUGUUAUAGCUUGGUAGAGAGUACUGCUGCUGAGCACAAUGAGAUUCAGUCUCUUAGCUUUCAUUGCUCUAUACCAAAUGUUGUUGGGAGAGGAUUUAUUGAGGUGGAAGAUUAUGGCCUCAGUGGUUGCUUCUUUCCAUUUAUAGUUGCAGAGCCUGAAAUUUGUUCUGAGAUUUGCAUGCUUGAAAGAGUAAUGGAGAUUGCUGGUACAGAUGAGGGUAUUGAAAGAAGGAACGAUGCCUUAGAGUUUAUACAUGAGAUGGGUUGGCUGCUACAUACGAAUCGUUUAAGCUCAAUGUCAGGCCAAACUAAUAUCCACUUGGACCUCUUCCCUUUUGUACGACUAAAGUGGCUAAUAGAUUAUUCAAUAAACCAUGAUUGGUGUGCUGUUUUAAGAAAACUUUUGGAUUUGCUGUUCAGUGGAAUUGUAGAUACUGGAAAUCAUGCUUCUGUUGAAAAUGCAUUGUCAGAGAUUUCUCUCCUCCACACUGCCGUCCAAAGAAAUAGCAGGUCAAUGGUGGAAUUUUUGUUAAGAUACAUACCCAAAAAAGUUAAAAAUACAAUAGGCUUGGAACAGAAGCAGUCACAUUAUGUACUACCCAGCAGCUUCUUAUUUAGACCUGAUGUUACUGGCUCCAAUGGGUUGACCCCUUUGCACUUAGCUGCCAGUUGUGCUGGUUUCGAGAAUAUGUUAGAUGCCUUGCUUGAAGAUCCUGGAAUGGUUGGUAUUGGAGCUUGGGAAAACGCCCGAGACAGCACAGGAUUGACCCCGAAAGAUUAUGCGUACCUUAGAGGUCAUAACCAUUACAUUGAUCUAUUCCAGAGUAAAGUUAACAAAAAUUCAUCUGGCAAACAUGUAGUUGUGGAUAUCCUUGGACUCUCUAACUUAGAAUACAAGCAAAAGCCGUCUGAUGAACUCAAACUUGCAAAGUUCAAUAGCUUAUACACUGAGAAGCGGCAAAUCAGUCAAAACUGCAAACUUUGCGAGCAGAGGCCAAAUUAUGGAUUCAGAGGAACAUCACUGACAUGUAGGCCAGUAGUGAUGUCUCUUGUUACCAUUGCUGUAGUUUGUGUUUGUACAGCUCUGCUUUUCAAGAGUAUGCCUCGAGUUUGUUAUGUCUUCGUGCCAUUCAGGUGGGACUCGCUGAAAUAUGGAGCAAUGUAGUUUUACUUACAUUCGGCUGUAUAGUGUUAAAGAGGUUUGUGAAAAAAAGUUAGGAGUGGGAGACUGGCUGUUUCUAAAAAAGAGGGUGUAGCUGACUAAUUAGUAGUUUGUUCAGAUAUUUUCUUGUAUGAGCAUUACACUCCUUGUACAUGUAAUCUUAUCUUUCGCCCUGCAUUUAUAAAGUGAAGAUAGAAUUCAAACGUCUAAUUAACCAAAAAGUGUAAUGUAAAAGACAAUUAUUUAUAAAUGAACUGUUGCCUACUUGCCUAGUCGUAA